GGCCCUCGCGAGUGCUACUAUAGAGAGAGCGAUAAGGAGGUCUUUAUCAGUUUGUGGACGCCUCUGAGGGAAUAGAGAGCAGGUGUCGGUGUAGGUGUCGGGGUCGGCCGGUGCCGGGGGGUACCUUGCAGGCAUCUGAGUCUUCGCGGCUCCGUCCGGGCAGCAGCUGAGUGUCACUGGACUGGGCGGUGGGGGAAGGGUUGGGAGGUGAAGGUGGGGCUGACGAGGACAUGUCCGUCGUUGACAUUGUGUGGUAUUUGGGGCUUUAUUAAAUUUAAUUAAAUGAAAUUACAACGAGAAAUCCUGAAGAGAGGCCCUCGAGUGCCAAAGGAAGCGGUAGUUGUGAGGGUCUCCUCUGAAAUGCUGAAUUAAAGCCAAGAGAAAUUGGAUGUAUCGUUGCCAACAUGCCAUCAGUACGACAAGUUGUGAGCUGUAUACAGAAACUUAUUCUGUAUGAAACCAGAGCACGAUAUUUCCUAGUUGGAAGCAAUCAUGCAGAAACCAAAUAUCGUGUUCUGAAAAUAGACCGUACAGAGCCCAAGGACUUGGUGCUUAUUGAUGAUGGACAUAUAUAUAACCAGCAAGAGGUUCGGGAUCUCUUGAGUCGCCUCGACAUGGGAAAUCGAACCAAGAUUGGGCAGAAGGGAUUAUCUGGGCUUUCACGUGCUGUAUCAGCUUUUGGCAUUGUUGGGUUUGUAAGAUUUUUAGAAGGUUACUAUAUAGUAUUAAUAACUAAGAGAAGAAAACUUGCAGAUGUUGGUGGCCAUUCAAUCUACAAAAUAGAAGAUACCAACAUCAUUUACAUUCCAAAUGAUUCUGUUCGAAUUGCUCACCCAGAUGAACCCAGGUAUGUGAGAAUCUUUCAGAGUGUGGAUCUCUCCAGCAAUUUUUAUUUUAGCUAUAGCUAUGACUUGACUCAUUCCCUUCAAUUCAAUCUGAGGGUAUUGAAGAUGCCCAGUGAGAGGUUGAAAAGUGAAAUCUUUCGGCAGGAGAGCUUUGAUAUCUUUGAAGAUGAGGGCGUCACUACGCAGGAUGGAACUACUCCAAGUGUUCACUAUGGCAUUCGGAACGAGCCAUACCUGAAAUAUGCUUGGAAUGGUCACAUCUUAGAAAAUCUCAAAGACACCGUUCACCAUGAUUGGUUAUUGUAUAUUAUUCAUGGCUUCUGUGGUCAAUCAAAACUGUUGAUUUAUGGUCGACCAGUUUACGUCACCUUGAUAGCGAGAAGAUCUAGCAAGUUUGCUGGAACCCGUUUCUUGAAGAGAGGUGCAAACUGUGAGGGGGAUGUGGCAAAUGAAGUGGAGACUGAGCAGAUAGUCCAUGAUGCCUCUAUGACAUCCUUUUCUGCUGGAAGCUACUCUUCCUACGUACAGGUUAGAGGUUCGGUCCCACUCUACUGGUCUCAGGACAUUUCAACCAUGAUGCCCAAACCGCCUAUUACAUUGGAUCAGGCAGACCCAUUUGCCCAUGUAGCUGCACUUCACUUUGACCAAAUGCUCCAGAGGUUUGGCUCUCCUAUUAUAAUACUCAAUCUGGUCAAGAAACGUGAAAAACGAAAGCAUGAAAGGAUAUUGAGUGAGGAGCUAUUUUCUGCUGUUACAUACCUGAAUCAGUUUCUUCCACCAGAGUAUUACAUUCAGUAUAUUGCCUGGGACAUGGCCAAAUACACUAAAAGUAAACUUUGCAAUGUCCUAGAUCGUUUGAAUGUAAUUGCAGAAGAUGUUGUGAAAAGAACUGGCUUCUUUGUAAAUCGUCCUGAUUUCUACUGUAGCAGUUUACGACCAGAUGAAAGAUGGAAUGAACUUGGUGGAUAUAUUCAUGCCAAUUGUCGCUUACAGACUGGUGUUCUGAGAACAAAUUGUGUUGACUGUUUGGAUCGUACAAACACUGCACAAUUUAUGGUGGGAAAAUGUGCCUUGGCGUAUCAAUUGUAUGCUCUAGGUGUGAUUGACAAACCAAGACUUCAAUUUGACACUGAUGCUGUAAGGUUAUUUGAAGAGCUGUAUGAAGAUCAUGGUGAUACAUUGUCUUUACAAUAUGGUGGUUCUCAGCUGGUGCAUCGGGUGAAAACCUACAGAAAGAUUGCACCCUGGACACAGCAUUCCAAAGACAUCAUGCAAACCCUUUCUAGAUACUACAGUAAUGCAUUUUCAGAUGCGGACAGACAAGAUUCCAUAAAUCUGUUUCUUGGAGUUUUCCAGCCUACAGAUGGUAAACCUCAUCUUUGGGAGCUUCCCACAGAUUAUUACCUACAUCGCAAGAACACAAUGGCACUCCUGUCUCCAAAGAGAAGCUAUACGCAUUGGUGGACCCCAGAGAUUAUAAUUAAUCUUCCUUUGCCUUACGACGAAGUUUCUUGCACUGAAAACCUUAAAAAGGUGACUAUUGUGAAGAAGACUGACAAAUAUGAUGAAGAGAUCGAUAUAUACACUGAAUUUUUCAGGCCAUAUGAACUGAGCUGCUUUGACGAUACGUUUUGCCUGCAAAUGACAAAUUCAGCUAAGGACUUCAUGCCAAAGAAUGUUGGAAUUGACCCAAGUCCUUUCACAGUUCGCAAGCCAGAAGAAACUGGCAAAUCCGUGCUGAGUAACAAGAGCAAUAAAGAAGAAGCUGUUCUUCAGCGUAAGACUGUUGCUAGUGCUCCACCACCACCUUCAGAGGAGGCAGUUUCAAGUAGCUCUGAGGAUGAUUCAGGCACUGACAAAGAGGAAGAAGGUCCUAUCUCACAGCGAUCUACACCAGUAAAAAUGACUGACUCAGGGGAUAGUACCAAAGUGCCCGAAGAUUCCAACCAGUCUCCAAGAGAAUUACAUAUGAUGAAUCUUUCAGAGAAUCCAUCCGGGGAAGAUCUUGUAAUAUAUAAAAGGUUUGUUCAUUUAGGACAAAGUCAACGUAAGCUUGAUGUACAUAACCAACAAACGAGUACAAAGCGUCUGGACAAUAUGAUUAACAUCCUGAACCCGGUGUCUUCAUUUCCUCCAGACAGCAUUUAUGAGGUGCAUCUGACUGAAUUGGAUAGAAAAUCAGUAGAAAUCUUUACUGCCCACAUCCAGGCUGGCAGAGGUAUGAUGCAGCCCAUGUUCAAGGAUGACAUGAUUGUCUACAGAGAAUACAUCAAAAACAGAUACAUGUGAGAAGGGUAGCAAGAUUUCCUUGAUGCAACCGGCAAAUGUGACCGGUUAGAAUGCCAUUUUUGUCCAGCAGAGCCCAUUACUGUAGACAACUGCCUUAAAACAUGGGAAAAACAAUUUAGGAACAUAAUUCUAAUCAUAUGUUCCAUGAUUCAUUCAUGAAACAGAACUCAUAAAGUUUUGAAUGCUUUGAAAUUUGCUAAGAUGCUGAAAAUAUGUAUUAUAUCACGUCAGCUGUUAAUUGUUUGGUUCAGGACUACCUUAUGUUGUGGCGCAUGGGGUGGGACAAUGUUAGUGUAUUUAAAAUCUGCAGCAUUGUUUGGUUAUUGGGAACUAAAUAUUGAUGUUAAUGUUUGAAACCUCAAAACUAUGUAGGGACACAAGAGCUAAUACUGAUGUUAAUCAUAUGGAAUUUACUCUUCUCCUUUUGUAAAUAUUAAAACAAAUCUUAACACAA